AUGGCUGGUGAUUUCUUGGCUGGCGUGUUAACACGAGUAUGGGGCCUGCGGCUUAAAGAUAACGCAAAAAUGAAUCCUAAACACCGUGGACAAAUUGACAAUGUGCCGUUUCUAAUCGUUCUGGGGUGCUUAAUCUUGGCAGUACUGACCACGUUCAAGGAGUACGAGACUGUUUCAGGAGAUUGGCUGCUAUUAUUGGAAACAUUUGCCAUUUUCAUCUUUGGGGCUGAGUUUGCUUUGAGGAUCUGGGCUGCAGGAUGUUGCUGCAGGUACAAAGGAUGGAGGGGGAGACUGAAGUUUGCAAGAAAGCCAUUGUGUAUGCUCGACAUCUUUGUACUGAUUGCUUCAGUGCCAGUGGUCGCUGUUGGAAACCAAGGCAACGUCCUGGCCACCUCACUCCGGAGUUUACGGUUCCUACAGAUUUUGCGCAUGCUCCGCAUGGACAGAAGGGGUGGCACCUGGAAACUCCUGGGUUCUGCAAUUUGUGCCCACAGCAAAGAACUCAUCACUGCCUGGUAUAUUGGGUUCCUGACGCUGAUCCUUUCCUCAUUUCUUGUCUACCUGGUGGAGAAAGAUGUGCCUGAGAUCGAUGCUCAAGGAGUGGAGAUGAAAGAAGAGUUUGAGACCUACGCUGAUGCGCUCUGGUGGGGCCUGAUUACCCUGGCAACCAUUGGUUAUGGAGACAAGACCCCCAAAACCUGGGAAGGCCGUCUGAUUGCAGCCACCUUUUCCCUAAUUGGAGUCUCAUUUUUUGCUCUUCCAGCUGGAAUUCUUGGAUCAGGGCUGGCUCUCAAGGUACAAGAACAACAUCGACAGAAACAUUUUGAGAAAAGAAGGAAACCAGCAGCUGAGCUCAUACAGGCUGCCUGGAGGUAUUAUGCGACUAAUCCCAACAGGAUUGAUCUCGUGGCUACUUGGAGAUUUUAUGAAUCCAUCGUUUCUUUUCCAUAUUUCAGAAAAGAGCAGUUGGAGGCAGCAGCCAGCCAAAAGCUGGGUCUCUUGGAUCGGGUUCGACUUUCUAAUCCUCGUGGUACCAAUACUAAAGGAAAGCUAUUUACCCCUCUGAAUGUAGAUGCCAUAGAAGAAAGCCCUUCCAAAGAGCCAAAAAAUGUUGGCUUGAACAAUAAGGAACGUUUUCGGACUGCAUUCCGAAUGAAAGCGUACGCCUUUUGGCAGAGUUCUGAAGAUGCUGGGACAGGAGAACCCAUGACUGAAGAACGGGGCUACAGUAAUGAAUUCCUCAUAGAAGACAUGAUCCCCACACUCAAGUCGGUCAUCAGAGCAGUCAGAAUACUACAAUUCCGUCUCUACAAAAAAAAAUUCAAGGAGACUUUGAGGCCUUAUGACGUAAAGGAUGUUAUUGAACAGUAUUCUGCAGGACAUCUGGAUAUGCUUUCCAGAAUAAAGUACCUUCAGACAAGAGUAGAUAUGAUCUUCACCCCUGGACCUCCGUCUACUCCCAAACACAAGAAAUCCCAACGAGGCGGAGUCUUCACCUAUCCUUCCCAGCAGUCUCCAAGAAAUGAUCCGUAUGUAGCCAAAGCAUCCUCCUCAGAAAUUGAAGACCAAAGCAUGAUGGGGAAAUUCGUCAAAGUUGAAAGACAGGUUCAUGACAUGGGGAAGAAACUGGAUUUUCUUGUUGAUAUGCACAUGCAGCACAUGGAACAGCUCCAAGUCCAAGUUACAGAGUACUACCCAACCAAAAAGGCCACUGCUACCCCAGCAGAGGUAGAGAAGAAAGAGGAGAACCAAUAUUCUGAAUUGAAAACCAUUAUCUACAACUAUUCUGAACCCUGCACCCACGAAACCCCCUACAGCUUCCACCAGGUUCCUGUCAACAAAGUCAGCCCCUAUGCUUUCUUUGCACAUGACCCAGUGAGCUUGCCUCGAGGUGGAGGAGGAGGAGGAGGGCCACCAUCAGAGAGGGAGAAGCUCCAGAGGACUCUGCCCUCCUCAGUCCCCUAUGCAGAAAGACCCACCGUCUUGCCUAUCCUCACUCUCCUAGACUCUCGGGUGAGCUACCACUCCCAAGCUGAGCUACGCAGCCCCUACCAGGAACGAAUCUCACCCAGGCAGAGACGGAGCUUCACCAGGGACAGUGAUACACCAUUAUCCCUUCUCUCUGUCAACCAUGAAGAAUUAGAACGCUCACCCAGUGGCUUCAGCAUCUCCCAGGACAGAGACGAUUACCUUUUUGGCCCAAAUGGGGGCUCGAGUUGGAUGAGGGAGAAGCGUUACCUGGCUGAGGGAGAGACCGACACAGACACAGACCCCUUUACCCCAAGUGGUUCUAUGCCUUUGUCUUCAACAGGGGAUGGGAUUUCAGAUUCCAUAUGGACUCCUUCCAACAAGCCAGUUUAAAAGGGGAGGAGGGGUCACUGGAUGGCCUCUCCUUGUAAUGUAGACAAACUUUGUAUAGCUCACUUACUCUUACACCCAAAGCUUACUAGUUGGAAUACCAAUGGCUGCAUUCAAUGCAUGUGUUAGUAUUAGUCACUGCACCAUUCCAUGGGGAUUUACAGCUGCAUUUUUUUUUCCAAGACACCACACGGAAGCCGCUUCAUUCUGAGCAUGCUUUGCAUGACUUUACACUAUAUAAAUGGUACCGCUACUUUCUUCUAGAAUACAUAUCUAUCUGCUAUUCUUAUUUAAAAACCACAAUUGGGCCUGUGCAGGAAGAGACUAUAGAAGAUUCCAUGCUCCUUUUCUUUUAUAAACAGAGAACAUAGUUCCAGUGAGUUCUAGAAUCACUUCCCAUUUGUGUUCUAGCACCUGCCCUAAAAUCUGCACCCAUCUCUCAAAAUAAUGAAUUUAUUUUCUUGAUAACUUCACUAGCUCUCAGAAAUUCCCAGAAUGGAGAGCAAGUGCAGUGAGGUCUGGCCCCCUGCAUUAAUUUGAUGCAACUUAAGUUAAAAUAAUUACUUUUGGAGGAAUUCUGAUUUCAUUCAUGUAUGGACCUCCCACAGCAGAAAUUCUCUCCACUGAGGCCAUUUAGCAACCUCUCUGUAACUAAUCUUACAGAGCUGUGUAGGAACCCUGAGAAGGUUAGUGAUGCCCCUGUUCACAUGUAGCUGGUAUGUGUCCAAAGCAGGCCCUGAAAACAGGUCUGACUCUCUCCAAGGCCAGCCCUCUAACCUCUAUAUCAUGUUAUUUUUCCUUCAAUAUAAUACAGAGGAAAAGGAAGGGUACCUAUCUCUUUUCCCAUACCAUGGAUACCUUAAUCUAUAAAGAAACUAGAAAAAAAAAUUUUGAGGCUUCCAAAUAGGAUUUUACCGAAUAAAGAACACUUUGCUACUAAUCCCAUUGUGCUCAAAAAAGGGCCCAGUUUCUAUUCCCUGCAGGUAAUCUUUUGCAAAAUGUCCACAGGGAAUAGAUUCAACUUUAGAGAUCAUUUGGAUUAAUCCCCAUUAAUCACAUCUUUACAUGUGAGUAAAAUGAGGCCUAGAGAGGUUAAAUGACUUUCCUAAAGUCAGAGCAGCAGAACACAGGACUCAGGACUUCUAAGCCAUUUACAUGUUCUGUGUAGAAAACAGGGAUCAGAAAUCAUACUGAGAGUUAUACUAGAAUCACAGACAUCCAAGAGACCUUAGAAAUCACCUAGGC